AUGGACAUUGAAGACAUAUCCGUCUCCACCAACCACACGGCCACUAUUGAUGCCGAGCCUCGCGGUAUCCAGGGCGGCUUUCCUCUACCUAUUAGUCCCAACCGGUCCGAAGGAUGGGACCGACGCCAGGUUCGGAUCCGAGUGACGCAAGAAAAGUUCGGUGUAACGGCCAGCAGCCUUGCAAUAGGGAGGCGGCCCAUUGUUCGAGUCUCCGGACCCGGACCUCCAGUUCAGAAAGCAGCAGAUUCGAGGACGCACAAGGAGACAGCUCAUCCGGUCAACGGCUUUGCUAGUCGGAUGACGGCCACAACCCCAACUGACCUAGGGACUCGUGAGCCAUCGCGACCCUCUAUUCCUCAGGGAAACUCGAUAACAACUGGUGAACCUGCCUCUCGCACCUCACCUGAACCAGCACAGACAGAUCUUCAAGGCUACUAUGUUGGUCCCUCCUCUGGAAUAUCAUUUCUGUCGCGGAUACAGAAACGUUUCGAGGAGACGGUCGUUUUUCCCCAUGGCUUAUCCGUCUUCAAUUUUGGAGAUGCUCCAUUGCCAUAUGGCGAAACUUAUUCCGACUCGACACACAUGGUGCAAUCCUACCUCGAUCCGACCUUCUUCUUUCUCCUUAAUCGAGAGAAUACUACCCGCCUAGUCCAAAGAUAUUUCGACUUUGCGGUGCCCGUUGAUCGCUUCCUGCAUCGACCAACAAUCGAGCGACGGCUUGACGAAUUCUACGAGACUAAGGGCACAAUGCUUGACAAGGAUACGGCGCCUGCAGAGACAGCUGUGCUUUUUAUGAUCUUUGCAAUCGCACAGGAACACAUGGUUGCUAAAUUAUCCCCGUCAGGAGCCAAUAUGAGUGUGCGAUACUUUCGAGCAGCGAACCACCAACUAUCCAUGGAGCAGGGUGCUGUGCGGCUCGCAAGCGUUCAAGCCCGUCUUUGCCAAUGCCUCUGGCUUCUCUCGCAAUCGCGAAUAAACCACUGUUGGAGCCUCUUUGGUACGGUGGCACGCCUAGCUCUCGCUCUCGGCUUGCACCGCAAUCGAAACGCUAGAUCAGAGUGGAUGUCUCCAGUUGAAAUUGAGUGCCGUCGCAGGACCUUUUGGAGCGCUUAUAGUCUCGACAAUUACCUCAGUGCGGCUCUUGGCAGACCGCGGACUUUUCACGACGGGGAUAUCGAUCAAGAACUCCCGUCUUGUGUGGACGACGAUGAUAUUGAUAAAUUGGACAUGUCUAUGCCCUCUUCUACGCGAGGAUUGUCCGUCACAUCUGGGCCAGUCGCCUACGCAAAAUUGUCUCGAAUACUCAGUGGCAUAUUGAUCGACGUUUACUCGAUUCAAUCCAUGACCAUUACCGAACGUUUGGUCCACACAGCAAAAUAUAUGAAAGAGCUUAAGUCCUGGAGAUCCGACAUGUCCAGCUUCCUCGAUAUGGAUGUUUCGAACGCUGCGCCAUUGGUCUUGAUCUUCCAGCGACAGCGAAACGUCCUUAACCUUGCCUACUGGCAUACCGUAAUUCUAACCAAUCGUCCGUUACUGCUCACCAAUUUUGCAAGACUAACCAGCAGCACUCGGCAGUGGCAAGUUGAGCAGAACGAGCGAAGAGCACAGAUAGACGAGAGCGCCACGGAAUGCCUCAAUGCGGCAAUGGAAAUUGUUAGCAUAGCGGAUGGACUCGUUCAAGCCAAGCAGCUGUUCCGAGCAUUCUGGUUCACUCCUUAUUUUGCCUUCUCUGCAUGCGUCAUUCUGUACGUCUACACUAUCCAGCAUAGCAAGGAGCAAGAAGACGUAUAUCGACCAUACUUUACAGCCGCAGAGCGUUGUCAGCAACAGAUCGUAAACAUAGCUGAUGAGGGAACUCUGACUUCCCGGUAUUGUCUCGUUUUAGAAGAGCUUCGUGCAGAGGCUGCGAGGCAAACAGCUCAAGCCCAGGCGUCCUGUCAGGCGAUGCAAAUUCACUCGUCACUCAGUGCGGGGAGUGGAGGUUUCGACACCCUCGCUGCAAACACUGAACAAAUAGCAGCGGCAAGGUUCUCUAUGGAUGUCGCUGAUCUCCAAGCAAUGGAUUCGUUGGGUGACUUCCACUUCAGCCCAUCUGAUUCUCUCGAAGAUCUGACAGGCUGGGACCAGUUUGACUCUAUGGUAGUAUCUGGUUUCAAUGGUUUAUAUCCGGUUAUGACGAACAACGUUACUUGA